ACUACCGGAGGUUUUAGAAUCUAAAAAAUGGCACUGUUUUUUCUAUUUCUUCUUGUGUGUGUUCCUCUCCUAUCUCUCCUCUACUCUCUUUCAAAAAUCUUCAAAAACAGAUCUUGUUCAUGUCCACCAGGCCCUCAUGGACUACCUUUCAUCGGAAACUUCCACCAGAUCAAUUAUUCGAGCCUCCAUACUUUCUUAUGGCAACUCUCUAAAUCCUACGGCCCAAUCAUAUCUCUUCAAUUCGGUUUCAUUCCAGCUAUCGUGGUUUCUUCUGUGAGUGUAGCGAAAGAAGUCCUGAAAACCCAAGAUAUCAUCUUUUGCAAUAGGCCAUCAUUUGUUGGGCCAAAAAAAUUAACGUACAAUUACCUUGAUGUAACCUUUUCCCCCUACAACGAUUAUUGGAGAGAUAUGAGAAAGAUUUAUAUGUUCCAUUUGUUGACCCCUAAAAAAGUACAAUCUUUUAGGUAUAUUCGUGAAGACGAGGUCUCAUGUACCAUGAAUAAGAUACAUGAGGUAGCUCUUUCGUUUAAUACCGUAAACUUGAGCGAAACUAUGAAGCAUGUGGCCGUUACUAUAGUGACGAGAGUAGGCUUUGGGAAGAGUUAUCAGGAUGAACAUGAAAGAAAAGAGGUUCUUCGACUACUUAAUGAACUUCAAUCGAUAAUGGCAGAAUUCUUUGUUUCAGAUCUUUGGCCUGGUCUUCCUUUUGUGGGUUUGGUUGAUAGGCUCAUGGGAAAAAUGGAUCGGGUAGAGAAAUGCUUCAAAAGUCUUGAUUCAUUUUACGAAGAACUCAUUGGUGAACACCUCGACCCUCAAAACCGAAAGUCUAAUGAUGAAGAAGAGGAUAUAGUUGACAUUCUACUCCGACUUAAGAAAGAUAAAGAAUUCAGUUUCACUUACGAUCACAUUAAAGGCAUGCUCGUGGAUAUCUUGGCAGCUGGGACAGAUACUAGUGCCGCUACAGUGAUUUGGGCAAUGACGUUAUUAGUGAACAACCCCAAUGUAAUGAAGAAAACACAAGAAGAAGUGAGAAAUGUAGUUGGAAAGAAAGGUAGAGUUGAUGAGGAUGAUCUUUCAAAGCUCACAUAUUUGAAGGCAGUUGUAAAAGAGACCUUGAGGUUAUAUCCUCCGGCUCCUCUUUUAGUACCUCGAGAAAGUCAGAAAGAUGUCAGUUUACAUGGCUACAAAAUCAAGAAAAAAACCGUAGUUUACGUGAAUGCAUUUGCCAUUGGAAGGGACCCAGACGCUUGGGAGAACCCAGAGGAGUUCUUACCAGAAAGGUUUUUGGGUAGUGAUAUUGAUUUUAGAGGGAAUAAUUUUGAGUUCAUUCCAUUUGGAGCUGGUCGAAGAAUUUGUCCUGGAAUCUCGAUGGGUGUUGUCACAGUGGAGUUAUUGCUUGCGAAUCUUGUUUACUUGUUUAAUUGGGCUUUGCCUGAUGGGAUGAGGAAGGAAGACUUAGACUUUGAGGCGAUGGAAGGAAUAACCAUGCAAAAGCGGAAUGAUCUUUGCCUUGUAGCUCAUAUAUACGCCUGAAAUAUUCUAUUAAGCAUGAUUUAGUGGUGAUCACUUUGUAUCAAAUUAACAUUUCAAAAUAUAGUCGGGUUAGAUUCGACUUAUAUAGGCUUCAACCUUAGGGUGGCUUACUGUUAAAAAAAUAAACUUGUAAAAUAUACUUUUCAUCAUUAAUAUUUCGUAGAUUAUAUUUUAUUCUAGUUAAAUAAUGUAUGAUAUGUUACAUGUUUAAAACGUUUCAAAAUAAUAUUUCCUACGUUAUAUUUUA